AUGGACCCUGAGGAAACUCAUGGAGUUUUGUCAAGCAGACUUCCAACAGUGGACUCGGCUAUGCAGGAAAAACCCUCGGCUGCAUCUUUCCAGGACCUGCAAUCGGCCCACUGUGUGCAGGAAGUACCAGACUGUGGAACUCCUAUCCAGUCAGCUGUUACAAGCCACAGCUCCUACAGUCUUUGCAAUGAGGAGCCAUUCUGUAGGAUUUGCCACGAAGGCAGUAACAAUGGGGAUCUCCUGUCUCCAUGUGAGUGCUCUGGUAGUCUGGCGAUGGUGCACAGGGGUUGUUUGGAGCACUGGCUGAUGGCCUCAAACACAAGUCACUGUGAACUGUGCCGCUUUGAAUUUGCCUUGGAACGCCUGCCAAAGCCACUCAGUGAGUGGCUGGAGACUCCAGCUAUGCUGCACCAGAGAAGAACACUGUGUGGAGAUGCCAUCUGCUUGAUGUUCAUAACUCCAUUAGCAAGUCUCUCAGGCUGGCUCUGUGUCCAAGGGGCAAUGGACCUUUACUACAGCAACAGUAUGGAAGCUAUUGGACUUAUCGUUCUGACACUUGCACUAUUCACCAUCUACCUGUUCUGGACAAUUGUCUCGCUACGCUAUCACAUUCAUCUCUUCAAUGAGUGGAAAAAGACCAAUCAAAACAUUCGGCUCCUCAUUCCACGACCAGCAAUAUUACCCUGCAGUCAGCAACACCAGCUCCUUGUUGAAAACUCAAGCAAAGAUAAAACGAAGGAGACCGUGGUUUAGCGGGACAUUCAUA